AUGGUGUUAGCAGGUCAAAGUAAUGCAUGCAUGGGUAAUGUGUAUGCAAUAUGUUCUUCUCCCCUUUCUGUUACCAGUGAACCAGACUAUGAAGUAGAAUUUCAACAUCUACUGCGUGGUAGUGAGAAACAAUUGCACGAUAGAAGCAUUCCCAAGUACAAAGGCUUAACCAAUGACAAAGUGCUUGCAAUGAUGAGAUUAACUAAAUUACCAGCCUUCAAAGGAUUACCUAACUUUGUGGCAUCUGAUAAUCCUGACCUGACUUUUGGUCUUGUAACCCACCGGGAGUUCUUCAACUGGAUAGAGGAGGUAUCACCUGAACAUGAUGUGCCGCAUUGCUGGAAUGAAACAAAGCCAUUCACUGGUGUUGGUAAAGCUCUGCAUCGGUUGUUGGUUAUUCAAGCAUUCAGACCAGAUCGUCUUCUAGCAGCAACCCAUAUUUUUGUCUCCUCUAUUAUGGGUGAACAAUUCAUGCUGGCUGCUGAAUCUGAGUUAGACCUGGCAAAUAUCGUAGAGAAUGAAGUCAAGCCUAGUACACCAGUCUUAAUGUGUUCUGUUAUUGGUUAUGAUGCAAGUGGACGUUUGGAUGAUCUUGCUGCGGAACAAGGCAAACAGAUCACGUCUAUUGCCAUUGGUUCUGCGGAAGGUUUCAGCUUGGCUGAUAAAUGCAUUAACUCAGCAUCCAAGUCUGGAAGAUGGGUUAUGUUAAAGAAUGUACACUUGGCUCCACAAUGGCUGGUCACAUUGGAGAAAAAACUGCACACAUUAAGCACUCAUCCAGGUUUCCGUUUGUUUCUCACAAUGGAAAUUAAUCCAAAGGUACCUGUUAAUUUAUUACGAGCUGGAAGAAUCUUUGUGUUUGAACCACCACCAGGAGUUAAAGCAAAUUUAUUGAGAACUUUUUCAGCUGUUCCAGCAGCUAGAAUGUGCAAGGCUCCUAAUGAACGUGCUCGUUUGUAUUUCUUAUUGGCUUGGUUCCAUGCUAUUAUACAAGAGCGAUUACGCUAUGUUCCCCUAGGAUGGUCUAAAAAGUAUGAAUUUAAUGAAUCUGAUUUGAGAUGUGCUUGUGACACAUUAGACGUUUGGAUUGAUACUGUUGCCAAGGGUCGUAGUAACUUGCCUCCAGACAAGGUACCUUGGGAUGCUUUGCGUACAUUGUUCUCACAAAGUAUUUAUGGUGGACGUAUUGAUAAUGAUUUUGAUCAAAGAUUACUGACAACUUUCAUAAAGAAACUGUUCACAGCAAAAAGUUAUGAAAGUGACUUUGCUUUGGUAGAAGAAGUAGAUGGAGUGAAAGGGAGAAAUAUUCGAAUGCCUGAUGGAAUCAGACGGGAACAGUAUCUACAGUUUAUAGAGAAAUUACCAGAACAGCAGACACCAUCCUGGUUAGGUUUACCUAACAAUGCAGAGAAAGUUCUUCUUACUAACAGAGGUAGUGAAAUGAUCACUAAUCUAUUGAAAAUGCAGUUAUUGGAAGAUGAUGAUGAUUUAGCCUAUACCUCAUCCUCUCAUGAAGAAAAACCAACAAGUCCCACUGGUGAUGGAAGACCAGCAUGGAUGAGAUCAUUGCAAGAAACUGCAUUCAAUUGGUUAUCUCUCAUACCAAAGGUAUACUAUACUGCAUUAUUAUAG